AUGGGGAGGGGGAGGGGACGACCGAAGAAGGAAAAUGUGUUAUCUCCCCUGAUUCGUACUCUGGAACUAGAGAAAGGUACGAAGAGUUGUAGCACCUCAAGAAGCAUUAGAAGUAGUAAACAUGAGGGACAAGAUGAGGGUGAAGGUGAAAAAGGGGAUUCUACAAUCCCUGAGUUUGAAACAACUGGUCAACAAGGAAAGGUGAACAAUGAAGAAGACCAACCUAAAAAGCUAUAG